AUAACCUCCAUUCAACUCAUUCUUUUCCCUUCUCUCAUAUACUCCUCAAUCCGCUGCUAUACAUAUAUACAUAUAUACCCAUCUAAUUAACUCAACAGAGACGUCAAGAUUGAAGAAUCGCGCCCAUAAAUCCAAGGUUUGAGGGUUAAAGUUUUGAUCUUUGGCGUUUUGAGUUUGGAAAUUUAGGGGUUUUGGAUGAAAAGGAGUUUUGGAGUGGGUAGUGUUUGAUCGCCGAGUAACGGCGAUUGAAUUAGUGAUUUCGAGGGGGUUUUGGGUUUUGUAUGGAAACUCGGAGCCGGAAGAGGGCGGAGGCUACCUCAUCAGCCCCUAAUUCGUCAUCAUCUGGUCCAACUACUAGGUCUGCAAAACGUGCUCGUACUUCUGCUGCUGCUGGUUCAUCAUCUGUAGUUUCUGCUAAUACUGCUUCACCUGUUGCUCCUGCAAUUGUUACUCGUUCGCGUAGUUUGAAGAUGGAUGAACCAUCGGGUUCAGGUUCACGUGGUGGCGGUCGUCGUGGGAAGAGUCAGGACAAGGAUAGUUCGAAUAAAGGAAAGGAGAAAGAGCAUGAAGUUAGAAUUAGGGAAAGGAAUAGAGAGAGCAGAGAUAUUGAGAGGAGCUUAGGGUUGAAUUUAGAGUCCACUGUUAAUGGAGGAGAGGGUAAUGAUGAUGAUAACGACAGUGAGGAUGGGGUUGGAAUGUUACAACAGAAUUUAACUUCUGCUAGUAGUGCACUUCAAGGGCUUUUACGGAAAUUAGGAGCUGGAUUGGAUGAUUUGCUCCCAUCAUCUGCAAUGGCUGCUGCUUCUUCCUCUCAGCAGAGUGGCAGGCUAAAGAAAAUUUUGUUGGGUUUAGAGGCAGAUGGUGAGGAAGGGAAGCAAGUGGAGGCGUUAACUCAACUUUGUGAGAUACUUUCAAUUGGGACUGAGGACUCACUGAGUACAUUUUCAGUAGACUCAUUCGUUCCUGUGCUUGUGAAUUUGAUUACCUAUAUGGAGAAUCCUGACAUAAUGCUUCUUGCGGCCAGGGCGAUUACACACUUAUGUGAUGUGCUUCCCUCCUCCUGUGCCGCAGUUGUGCACUAUGGUGCAGUAGAUUCUUUUGUUAAUAAACUGCUCACGAUUGAGUAUAUGGAUUUGGCCGAACAGUCUCUGCAAGCACUGAAGAAGAUAUCUCAGGAGCACCCAACUGCUUGUUUACGGGCCGGGGCACUAAUGGCAGUGCUCCAGUACCUUGAUUUCUUCUCAACUGGUGUCCAGCGUGUGGCACUUACUACUGCUGCAAAUAUGUGCAAGAAACUCCCUGCUGAUGCUGCUGAUUUUGUAACAAAUGCCGUUCCUUUAUUGUCACAACUUCUUCAGGAACAUGAUGCGAAGGUCAUAGAGCUUGCAGCAAUAUGCUUGACUAGGAUUGUGGAGUCAUUUGCAGCAUCUCCUGAAAGGUUGGAUGCACUAUGUGAUCAUGGACUCAUUACACAAGUGGCAUCACUAAUUUCUACCAGUAGUUCUGGAGGUGGACAAGCUUCUCUAAGCACAUCCACGUAUACGGGUUUGGUUCGCCUACUUUCAACUUGUGCAAGUGGCUCACCUCUAGGAUCCAAAAAUUUGCUGCUCCUUGGUAUUAGUGGCAUUCUUAAAGAUAUACUCUCUGGUUCUGGCCUUGUCGCAAACAUGUCUGUUUCUCCUGCAUUAAGUAGUCCACCGGAGCAGAUUUUUGAAAUUGUGAACCUAGCAAAUGAACUUUUGCCUCCUCUGCCUCAAGGAACAAUCUCUCUUCCUGCAAGCUCUAAUGUAUUUGUUAAAGGUUCUCUUAUAAAUGUGACUCCUGUCACUUCUGAGGAGCAUGAGGAACAAGAUGAUUCGAUUGGUACUGAGAUAUCUUCUCGUGAGAAAUUACUAAAUGAACAGCCUGAACUCCUGCAGCAAUUUGGAAUGGAUAUUCUUCCUGUAUUGAUUCAGAUAUAUGGAUCCAGUGUGAAUGGUCCUGUUCGUCACAAAUGCCUUUCUGUUAUUGGGAAGCUCAUGUACUUUAGCAGCGCAGAUAUGAUACAGGGUCUUUUGAGCGUGACAAAUAUAUCUAGUUUCCUAGCUGGAGUUCUGGCAUGGAAGGAUCCUCAAGUAUUGGUACCUGCCCUUCAAAUAGCUGAGAUUUUAAUGAAUAAACUACCAGAGACGUUCUCCAAAAUAUUUGUAAGGGAAGGUGUGGUACAUGCUGUGGACACCCUAAUAAUAGCUGGAUCUCAAGGUACUGCUCUUCCACUGCAGACAUCAUGUCAAAAGGAGAAUGAUUUUAUACCCGGAUCAUCAUCAUCGCGGUCAAGACGUAACCGAAGACGUGGUGGUAACUUAAAUUUAGAUGGAAACACAGCUGAAGAUACCAAAAAUUCAGGUUCUGCAGUUGGUUCACCUCCAAAUCCCAUAGAAGUUCCUACUGUAAAUUCCAGUCUCCGUACAGAAGUAAGCUCAUCCGCCCAGGCUUUUAAAGAUAAAUACUUCCCUUCUGAUCCCGGGUCUGUCGGGGCUGGUUUAUCGGAUGAUCUUCUACAUUUAAAAAGUCUCUGCUCAAGGUUGAAUGCUGGAAUUAGUAGCCAAGGAACUAAAUUGAAAGGAAAAUCUAAAGCUUCAGGACCAUGUAUUACAGAUACUUCUGCUAUUAAGGAGGAGAAUCUUGCUGGGAUAAUAUCUGAGAUAUUAACAGAGUUAAGCAAAGGGGAUGGCGUUUCUACUUUCGAGUUUAUUGGUAGUGGGGUUGUAGCUGCUUUGCUCAACUACUUAUCCUGUGGAUUUUCCUCGAAGGAUAAAAUAUCCAAGUCUGCCAUUUCCAAGUACCACGAGCAAGCAGUGAGAAGGUACAAGUCAUUUAUUGCAGUUGCACUUCCUUCAGGUCCUCAAACGAAAAAUAUCCCCCCUAUGAGUAUUCUGGUUCAAAAACUUCAAAAUGCUUUGUCCUCGUUGGAGCGUUUUCCAGUUGUGUUAAGUCAUACGGCUAGGUCAUCUAAUGGAAAUGUACGGUUGUCAUCUGGUUUGAGUGCUUUAGUGCAGCCAUUUAAGUUGCGUCUCUGCAGAGCACAGGGAGAAAAAUCUCUACGUGAUUAUUCUUCAAAUGUUGUUCUGAUUGAUCCUUUAGCCAGUUUAGCUACUGUUGAAGACUUUCUUUGGCCUCGAGUUCAACGAAACGAGUCUGGACAGAAGCCUUUGUCAUCUGCAGCAAAAUCCGAGUCAAGGACAACACCUGAUGUUGGUGCUUCAUCACCUUCUAACUCGACUCCAGCCUCCACAACUCGACGUCUAUCUACAAGAUCAAGAACAUCUCUUAAUAUUGACGACAGUGCAAAAAAGGAGUUGGCACCAGAGAAAAAUGCAAGCUCAUCCAAGGGGAAGGGAAAGGCCGUUUUGAGGACCAGUCAAGAGGAUGGAAGAGGACCACAUACGAGGAAGGCUGCUCGUAGAAAAGCUGCUGCGGAUAAAGAUGUACAGAUGAAAGCUGUAGAAGUAGAAUCAAGCUCAGAGGAUGAGGACUUGGAAGCAUCUCCUGUUGAGGUUGAUGAUGAAAUGGUGAUCGAAGAUGACGAUAUCUCUGACGAUGAAGAUGACGAUGACCAGGAUGAUGUACUUGGAGAUGGCUCCCCACGUGUUUGUAUGAUGGACGUAGUGCAUGAUGUUAAAUUAGGUGAUUCAGCUGAUGAUGGUCUUAAUGCCCCUACAACAAGUGAUAAACAGGUGAAUGCAGCUGGUGUAUCUAGCAGCAAAGCCACAACAUUAAGGAGCUCAGAGUCUUCAGAUCUUAGGAGUGGCUCCGCUUUUGGUUCAAGAGGUGCUAUGUCAUUUGCUGCUGCUGCGAUGACUGGCCUUUCAUCAUCAAAUGGUAGAGGUAUCAGCGCAAUGAGGGAACAGCCUGGAAGACCUCAAGCAUCUCCCAGGCUAUUGUUUUAUGCAGGUGGGAAGCAUCUAAAUAAGCAUUUGCCCAUUUAUCAGGCGAUUCAGCGACAACUUGUACUUGAUGAGGAUGAGGAUGAUAGAUACAAUGGUAGUGAUUUUAUUUCUAGCGAUGGAAGCAGGCUAUGGGGUGAUAUAUAUACCAUUACAUACAAAAGAGCAGACAGCCAAACUGAAAGGGCUUCAGUUGGAACAAUAAGCUCUUUGUCCACAUCUAAAUCAAGAAAGCCAGUCUCUGCAUCCAGUUCCUCAACUGAUUCAUCAAAGCAGCACAAGUCGCUCUUGGAUAGUAUUUUCUGUGGAGAACUUCCAUGUGACCUCGAAAGAAGUAAUCCAACUUAUGAUAUACUGGCUCUGUUACGUGUAUUAGAAGGGUUGAACGAGCUAGCUCCACGUUUGCGUAUACAGUCAAUGACUGACAGUUUCGCUGAAGGGAAAAUAUCAAGCUUAAAUGAAUUUAAUGCAGCUGGUGUCUGGGUCCCUGGUGAAGAGUUUAUAAAUACUAAACUUACUCCAAAGUUAGCAAGACAGUUACAGGAUGCACUGGCACUUUGUAGUGGAAGCCUUCCGUCAUGGUGUUACCAGUUAACAAAAGCGUGCCCAUUUUUGUUUCCAUUUGAGACGCGUCGUCAGUACUUCUAUUCAACUGCUUUUGGUUUGUCUCGUGCUUUGUAUCGUCUUCAACAACAGCAGGGUGCAGAUGGUCAUGGCUCAAUGAAUGAGAGAGAGGUGCGGGUAGGGAGAUUGCAGCGCCAAAAAGUCCGUGUGUCUCGAAAUCGUAUCCUUGACUCUGCUGCCAAAGUUAUGGAGAUGUAUUGUAGCCAGAAAGCUGUUCUUGAAGUAGAAUAUUUUGGUGAAGUUGGUACUGGACUGGGACCAACCUUAGAGUUCUACACUAUAUUGAGUCACGAUCUACAGAAGACUGGACUUGAAAUGUGGAGGUCUAAUUUUUCAUCUGAUAAAUCCAUGAUGGAAGUUGACGAGAAAGGUAGUAAGCCCACUAGUAAUAUGUAUCAAGCUUCUGAGGAUCUAAUCCAUGCACCUCUUGGGCUGUUUCCGCGUCCUUGGUCAACAGGUGCAGAUGUAUCUGAUGGCAGCAAGUUCAACAAAGUUGUUGAACACUUUCGAUUGCUUGGCCGUGUUUUGGCGAAGGCUCUUCAAGAUGGAAGGCUUUUAGAUCUGCCAUUAUCGACAGCAUUUUAUAAGCUUUUGCUUGGUCAGGACCUUGAUCUGCAUGAUAUAUUUUCUUUCGAUGUUGAGUUGGGGAAGACAUUGCUUGAAUUGCAAGCUCUUGUUUACCGGAAGAAGUACCUGGAAUCAGUGGGUGCUAAUGAUCAAAUUGCUGACCUAAGAUUUCACGGGACUCUAAUUGAAGAUCUCUGCUUAGAUUUCACACUACCUGGCUAUCCAGAUUACAAUCUGAAGCUAGGCGAGGAUAAUGUGGAUAUAAACAAUUUGGAGGAAUAUCUUGCCCUUGUAGUUGAUGCUACAGUAGGGGUGGGUAUUAGGAGACAAUUAGAAGCACUGAGAGCCGGGUUUAGUCAGGUGUUUGACAUUUCGUCUUUACAAAUUUUUACUGCAAAGGAGUUGGACUACUUGCUUUGUGGUCGUAGAGAAUUGUGGGAGACGGAGACCUUAGCGGAUCACAUAAAGUUUGACCACGGCUACACUGCGAAGAGUCCUCCAAUUGUUAAUUUACUUGAGAUUAUGGGGGAAUUCACCCCAGAGCAGCAACAAGCUUUUUGUCAAUUUGUGACUGGUGCACCCCGACUUCCACCGGGAGGUUUGGCAGUGCUAAAUCCGAAGCUGACCAUUGUCAGAAAGCAUUCAUCAACAAUUGCCAAUACAACAUCUAGUGCGACUGGGGCAUCAGAAUUUGCUGAUGAUGAUCUGCCAAGUGUUAUGACAUGUGCUAAUUACCUGAAACUCCCUCCUUAUUCUACUAAGGAAGUCAUGUACAAGAAACUUAUGUAUGCAAUCAGCGAAGGGCAGGGAUCUUUUGAUUUGUCAUAGGACUGCAGAUUUUUUCUUUUGUUUUUGUCUACCCCCUCUACAUUCUUCUUUAUAUUUAAGGAUGUAAUUUCCUUGAAAAUGAUUUAACUUUGAUGUUACGAUAGUGGUCACUUAAUAAAAUUUAGCAAUCAUUUAGUUA